AUGGAAGAAGAGGUGAGAAUGCACUUCUGUAAACUUCACGUUUCCGAAAGAAAGGCUGAACUCCAACUCCAGGCCAUUCGUGCUGCUGCUUUGGCGCUGCUGCUGCAGCGCCGGGAGCAAAGCCGCGCCGGCCGGCCAAAGGCCCCCAGAAGUGCCCAAAUUGAGUUCUUGAAUUCCCAGUGCGGCCCCAGCCCCAGCGCCUGGCGCCGCCACGCUGCAGCGCAGCAGCCUGCAGCAGCAGCAGCAGCAGCAGCAGCACGGGAAGCGGGUGCAUGCAGCGAGAGGCAGCAGCGUUUGUGGAGAGCAGCAGACACAGAGCCAGAAUAUGAAACUCCAAACAGCAGCAAUAUGUACUUCAUUCAAAAUGCCUCUGUCGACUCACAGCAGCAAGCCCUUUGCGAAGCCCUCAAGAUCCAGGCCCUCAGUCUGCUGUACGAACAGAAGCAGCAGCAAAGACAGACGAAGCGGAAGCUGCACGACAGCAGCAGGAGGUCCAAUUCGCCUGCGAGUUGGCGGCCCCCCAGCGAGGACUCAGGGGGCCGUUUUGCUGCUGCUGCUGCUGCUGCUGCUGCUGCUGCUGCUGGUGCUUUUGCUGCUGCACCUCUGCAUGCAGAAGGAGCAAAAGAGUGCAGCAAAAGCCCUGUUGUUUGUCUUUCGAAUUCGUUUCCUCCCCGCGCAAUCCAGGGGCCCCCGGACUUCCCCGAAUUCCCUUUGGGGAAAUCGCUGGGCGCAGCAGAAGUGGUCCGCGGCAUAUCGGCGAUAUGCUCGACUCUGCUCAGCGCGGAUUUCAAAGAAUGCGAAACUGACAAUUUGGUGGCGCUUUUCUGCGUUCUUCACAAAGCCCUGCUGUCUGUACACCCCAGCUGCUACUCUAAGGCCUGCGCAGCAACGCACUGGGAUGUUGCGCUGAAUGAGCUGCUCCUCCAAAUUGGAAGCCAGCCCUCGGCCCCUGCAGUGCUGGCAGCUGUUGCAGCAGAGACGCGGCAGCAGCUGGAGGCGCUGGCUGCAGCAGCAGCAAACAAGUCUUUGGCUGCAGCAGCAGCAGCAGCAACCGCAGCAGCAGAAGCAUCCUUCCUCCCCCUACAGCCCCAAGGGCUCGUGACGCUGCACAUGCCACCAUCAAUGGCGCUGCUGCUGCAGUGCAGCAGCACCUACAGCACCUAA